AUGAACAUUCUGCCGGGGAUCGAACUCUUGAACAUCUGUAGUCAGUGGCAAAUGAGAGGAAUUGUGUCGUCGAACACAGAGAGCGAAUUUUCUUAUGUUUUCAACUUAUAUCUGCAUUUAUGUAUUGAAACACUUCUAAUCCCUGCACUCGUUGUGGUCUAUGUGAUUAUUGGUCUCGCGGUCAUCACUGCAUCAUUGGAUCUCUGUUCUUCUACGCUCAAACGAACAUUCACUAAGCUUCAUUACUUUGGCCGAAAAAUACGAGGUGCUAGAAGAGGAUUCGCCAAUAUGAGUGAUGACAUUCGAGAAGCAAUGAGAAUCAUCGCUGCUCUGAAGAAGACAAGGCCAAGCAAGGAUCGAAUUACCCUGGAAGAUCUGAAACGAUUCCUUGAAGUUCAAGAACACUUACUGCGGCAGCCCUACGUCCCAUGCAAUGUUCACAUGAUGCGAUGGAUUGAAGAUAACGUAGGAGCACAAAUGUACGCUCAAUACCUAGACGACAUAUCAGUAAACGGCAAAGGCACUCUGAGUCCUGUACCACUUUCACACAAGAUGUCGUCAAGUGAUCCUAUGCUAUUUUUCUGA